AUGACGACUCGUACAGGGUUGGGAGGAGUGUUUCGUGAUCAUAUUGGGCUGUUUCUGCAUGGGUUUCGGCAUUCGAUCAUGACAGCAAACUCAGCCAAACAUGCUGAGCUGUUGGCCCUGCUUCUUGGGGUGCAGACAGCUCUUGCGAAUCAUCUCACACCUCUAAUUGUGGAAACCGAUUGUCUGGAGUUGGUGACGGCUCUGUCGUCUUCUUCUUUAGACCAUUCGGAUUUGGGUUUUCUGUUAGCAGACCUACGGGAGCUAUUGCAUGAAGCUUUGGAUGCUUGUGUUCAUAAGGUAGGAAGACAAGCCAAUGGAGCGGCUCAUAUCUUGGCACAAGAUGCUAAGAAUGCCGAUUUUCAGUAG